UUAAAACAUGUGCAGCAUAAUAAUUAAUUAAGGCCAAUGUCCAAAAGUUAAUUCAUGUAAAAGGGCUAAUGUCCAUCAUGAUGGACAUUGGCCUUUAUCACAAUUAAUAUGAAACGGCCAAAGUCCAUCGUUGAGGACAUUAGCCCUUUUUCUAUGAAACUCAAAUGGACUUACGCCCUAAUGGGAAUUCACUAUAUUGAAUAUUAGCAUACCGUGGAGAUUGGCCUUUUUUUAUAUGAAAGUAUGGAAGGCGACAACACUGUCUAUGACAUAAGCCCCAAACCGUAAUUUAUGGACAUUGGCCCUUUUUCUUCCAAGGUACAGAUAUGCACUUAAUAUGUUUAGGUGUGAUGCGUAAAUUGUUAUUACUUUGGUGUUGUGGGAAACCGUCAACAAAACUGGCUUUCCAAAAAAUUUCAGACAUAUCUUCUCUAUUGAAACAGUGUUCUCCGAAUGUCCCUCUUGAAUUCAAUAGGAAACCCAGAGGUUUAAAUGAAAUAAGAAGGUGGAAAGCAACAGAGUUUCGCCAAUUUUUAUUAUAUACUGGACCCAUAGUUCUUCAAAGUAACAUAAACCGAGAUAGAUAUAUCAAUUUUUUGUCCUUGCAUAUAGCUGUAAUCAUCUUGUCUCAUCCUCAACAUACAACAAAAAUUGAAUAUGCUUCGGAACUCCUGAAAUAUUUUGUAAAAACGUUUAAAAUUCUAUAUGGACCAGAAAAUAUGUCUCACAAUGUGCAUAAUCUUCUUCAUAUAACUGAUGAUGUAAAGUAUCAUGGGGUACUUGAUAAUUUUAGCGCUUUUCCUUUUGAAAACCAUCUCCAAAGCAUUUUAAAGUCAUUACGAAAAUGUGAGAAACCUUUGCAGCAAAUAGUAAAAAGGCAUUCUGAGAAGCAAAACGAAAAUUAUAAUUAUGAAAAAAAAAAUUGUCCAAUUUAUAAACGUGACCAGAAUGCUACUUCACUUUUAACAAAACUGAAGAUUACAAGCCAUUCAAAGUCGGUUGCUUAUUCAAAUUUUAUUUUAACUACCCGUGAACCUGAUAAUUGUUGUCGUCUAAAAAAUGGGGAUGUCAUAAUUAUUAAAGACAUUGUUCUCAAUCAGAACGAGUUUAAAUUCCUGGGAAAUAAAUAUUUAAGUUUAACUUCACUCUAUAGUUCACCGUGUGAAUCAUCAGACUUAGGCAUAUUUGCAGCAAAAUCAACAGAUUUUGAUACUGAUUGUUUAUUUGAAUUUGAGAAUGUUGAUUAUAAAUGUCUUCAUUUUAAAAUAGCCCACAAAAGUUUUGUUGUUCCAAUUAUACAUACGCAGGUUUAAUUAAUGCAUCUAGUUUUAGCAUCAAUACGAUAUCUUGUUCACAAGUCUUAAAGGUGAGAAUACUGAGUAAUAAUAGUAAUAAUAAUAAUAAUCAUACAAUUCAUUUACAAAAGUCCUUUGGCUUAUCUAAUCUUUGUUCUAUAUAAUUCGUCAUAAAAUCGAAAUUUUGUGUUUUUCUUGUAGUUAUACAAUGUUGUAGAUAUUUACAUUCUGGUACACGUAGCCUUGUUUUUUUUAAUUAUAACUUUCCUCAUGAGACUUGUGAACAAUUUCCAAACACCGAUAAAUGGAAGAUAAAUCGUGGACAUUUGACGAUGCAACUGUCGAAGCAAUCCCUUCACAUUGGAUUAUAGGAGAUUUGUGCCACUGGCCACCAUACCCAACAAGCAAACUAUCCGACUCUAUAAAAAAUGGCGAUCCAUUAAACACCUGUUGGCCAACGCUUCACGUGAAAAUUUUCCGGGACGGCACAUUCCAUGAUUAUGGGAUAGCUAGACAAAAGGCAAAGGUUGCUGAGAACACCAGCGACUUAAAUACAGACACAGAAGACUGUAACAAACGAAAAAGGAAAAAAAAAAUAAUUUCCAGUAGUGAAUCUGAAAGCAGCGACACAAUGCUACCAUCACCUCCAAAACUAAAAAAUCCAAAACAGAAAGAUCACUCAAGAAACAGUGAGAUACUAAGAAAGGGCAAUCAACAGCGAAAACGUCCAAAUAACACAAGGAAUGGGGAAAGUAUCCAAAUAGCACCAAAACCAUAUGAAAGUACAAUAGUUAUAGAUCCUGAGGUCUCUAUUGUUGAAAAUGAAAAUUACGGAUGUAAAUUGAAUGUUGAAAAGGAUAAAUACCUGAAAUCUAUUGCUGAACAAGUGCAUAUUAAUCGUGCAAUAUGUAUGGAUAUAUUAAGUGAAGUAAAAGAAAUAAAGCAAUACAUCAGAACGAGAAACGUGCAAAAUCCAGAAGAAAUAACUUUUGCCAAGAAAUUUACAAACAUUGUAUUUCCGAUAAUAUCGGGAGAACAAUUUGAUACCUUGGACGCUAUUCUGGAGAAUGAAGAAGACUUAGACUUACUGGUUACAGAUUUUGCGAAAAUUGGAGGUAGCAGUUCGUAUAAUUUUGUGAAACGAGUACUAUUAGCUUGAGUAACGAUAUGGCGUUACAGUACAGCUGGUUAGGAAGAAAAGGAAAAAAACCUUUUAGUAACUUGAAAAUCGCAAAAGUUAUUAUAUAUGCCGCAGAAAAGGCCGGUAUUGUGAAAAAUAGAAGUGAAGCAGAGGUGGGAAUCCAAACUUGGUUAAAGCGGGCUAGUGACAGACGUGCAAGUUUAUUAAACAAAAAAACUGCUUAACGAUACAUGUUUUUACUUAUACCGCAGAACACCUUAAUCUGUGCUUUACUAAAAUUUUAAAUAUGUACAAUUUUGACAUUUCAUUGUAUUCAUUAACCUUUUCAGAGCAAAACAGUAUUUUA